UCGCGAGUCUCCCCUCCUUCCUUCGUUAAAACAGAGAACCGAGUGUGAUCGGAAACGAAAAGAAAGAACAUGGAGAAGAGGAGGAUAAUGGCGUGCAUCGUGGCGGCCGUAUUGAUCCUCUGCGGAGUAUCCCAGGUGAGAUCCGAUGGAUCUGACCAUCGGUUCAAACGAGGCGAAGACGUCCCUCUCUACGCCAACAAGGUCGGCCCUUUCCACAAUCCUAGUGAAACCUACCGCUACUUUGAUCUCCCAUUCUGCUCAUCAGCCCCCGUCAAGGAAAAGAAGGAGGCUCUUGGUGAAGUGCUGAAUGGAGAUCGAUUGGUUAGUGCACCUUACAAGCUUGACUUUCUGAAUGAGAAAGAGUCUGAACUUGCUUGCAAGAGGAGGCUGACAAAGGAACAAGUUGCUCAGUUCCGAGGUGCUGUUUCCAAGGACUACUACUUUCAAAUGUAUUAUGAUGACUUGCCAAUAUGGGGUUUCUUAGGAAAGGUUGACAAGGAAGGCAAAAGUGACCCAAGCGAGUACAAAUAUUACCUUUUUAAGCAUCUUAUUUUUAAUAUCCUUUACAAUAAGGAUCGAGUCAUUGAGAUUACUGUGCAAUCUGAUCAAAACUCUUUAGUGGACAUUACUGAAGAUAAAGAAGUUGAAGUGGAGUUCACCUACACAGUUAAGUGGAAGGACACAGAAAUCCCCUUUGAGAAGAGGAUGGAUAAGUAUUCACAGUCUUCUUCACUGCCACAUCACUUGGAAAUCCAUUGGUUCUCAAUCAUUAAUUCAUGCGUGACAGUUCUCCUCUUAACUGGUUUUCUUGCCACUAUUCUCAUGCGAGUUCUUAAAAAUGAUUUUUCCAAGUAUGCUCAUGACGAGGAGUCAGCAGAUGACCAAGAGGAGACUGGGUGGAAGUACAUCCAUGGUGAUGUAUUUAGGUAUCCAAAGUACAAGUCUUUGCUUGCUGCAGCACUUGGUUCUGGUACACAGUUGUUUACUCUAGCAAUUUUCAUUUUCAUGCUUGCUUUAGUUGGUGUCUUCUAUCCUUACAAUCGAGGGGCUCUGUUCACUGCACUGGUUGUGAUAUAUGCACUUACAUCUGGCAUUGCUGGCUACACGGCUGCCUCUUUCUAUUGCCAACUAGAAGGAACAAAUUGGGUGAGGAAUCUGUUAUUAACUGGAAGCCUGUUUUGUGGACCCCUCUUUCUCACAUUCUGUUUCCUUAAUACCGUUGCAAUAGCUUACAGUGCUACUGCAGCAUUGCCUUUUGGAACGAUCGUGGUGAUUUUCCUUAUACUUACUCUGGUCACUACACCAUUAUUAGUAUUGGGUGGGAUUGCUGGGAAAAAUAGCAAGGCUGAGUUUCAGGCACCCUGUCGCACGACUAAGUAUCCCAGAGAGAUUCCUCCAUUGCCUUGGUAUCGAACGUCUCUUCCUCAAAUGGCAAUGGCAGGGUUCUUGCCUUUCAGUGCGAUCUAUAUUGAACUUUACUACAUAUUUGCUAGCGUGUGGGGUCACAGGAUCUAUACCAUAUACAGCAUCCUCUUUAUUGUCUUCAUUAUUCUUCUGAUUGUCACUGCUUUUAUCACUGUGGCAUUGACAUACUUUCAACUUGCUGCUGAAGACCAUGAUUGGUGGUGGAGGUCAUUCGUGUGUGGAGGAUCCACUGGCUUGUUCAUUUAUGGCUACUGCUUGUAUUACUACUAUGCACGAUCUGACAUGUCGGGCUUCAUGCAAACCUCAUUUUUCUUUGGAUACAUGGCUUGCAUCUGCUAUGGUUUCUUUCUCAUGCUCGGGACUGUCGGUUUCCGUGCUUCUCUAUUCUUCGUCCGUCAUAUCUACCGCUCUAUCAAGUGCGAGUAGAAACUCACCUGGUCCUCCAUAUGUUCCAUGUCUGACUGAUGAUACAGGAGAAGAAAAAAGGGGUUGUUUGUGUCCAUGCUUCUGGACUUGUCCGAGGUUUUAGGGUUUAUGCUUCGAGGAAGAGGAGUUGCGUAUUAGACAAUAUAUCUACAUUCCUUCAAUGGAAAUGUUCAUGUUGGAGUGUAGGAUGCCAUGCCAUGAAGCAGCUGGUAGUACCUGAUGCAUGUUACAUUUUUCUUUUUGUUUGGUAGUAAUUUUUUGUUGGGACAAAAUGUAGACAGGGAAAAAAAAAAAGAACACUUGUGAUAUUCCUAUAUGACAUGCUUCUCACAAUUUUAGCUUCAAAUCGAUAAUACCCAUCAUAUUGUAUGUUA